AUGGAGGUGGACACCGGCUGUGAGGUGAUGAAGGUAGACACCGGCUGUGAGGUGAUGAAGGUAGACACCACCUGUGAGGUGAUGGAAAUAGACGCUGGUUGUGAGGUGAUGGAGGUGGACACUGGCUGUGAGGUGAUGGAGGUAGACGCUGGUUGUGAAGUGAUCAAGGUGGACACUGGCUGUGAGGUGAUGAUGGUAGACACCACCUGUGAGGUGAUGGAGAUAGACGCUGGUUGUGAGGUGGUGGAGGUGGACAUUGGCUGUGAGGUGAUGAAGAUAGACGCUGGUUGUGAGUUGAUGGAAAUAGACGCUGGUUGUGAGGUGAUGGAGGUGGACGGUACCUUCGCGGGCAUUCUCAUCGGUCUGGCCCAGUUGAACUGCUCCGAGCUGAAGUUGAAGAGGCUCUUCUACCGGCACGGUUUGCUAGGUGUGGACAAGUUAUUCUCAUAUGCACUCACCGAAUGGCUAAAUGACAUUAAGAAGAACCAGCUACCAGGCAUCCUGGGAGGUGUUGGACCCAUGCACUCCCUGGUCCAAUUGGUGCAAGGCCUGAAAGACCUGGUCUGGCUGCCCAUCGAGCAGUACCGGAAGGACGGCCGCGUCAUCAGGGGCUUUCGGAGAGGAGCUGCUUCCUUUGGCACGUCCACAGCAAUGGCCGCCUUGGAGCUCACCAAUAGGAUGGUUCAGACCAUACAGGCUGCAGCAGAGACGGCUUAUGACAUGGUGUCUCCUGGAACCCUUUCUAUUGAGCCCAAGAAGCUCAAAAGGUUUCCUCAUCACCGGCUAGCCCACCAGCCAGUGGACCUGAGGGAGGGUGUGGCCAAGGCCUACAGUGUCGUAAAGGAGGGUAUCACAGACACGGCGCAAACCCUUUACGAGACGGCCGCCCGAGAACAUGAGAGCAGAGGGGUGACUGGCGCCGUGGGCGAGGUCUUACGCCAGAUCCCCCCAGCCGUGGUGAGGCCACUGAUUGUUGCCACAGAAGCAACGUCCAACGUGUUAGGUGGCAUGAGGAACCAGAUCAGACCAGACGUACGGCAGGACGAGGCCCAGAAGUGGCGCCAUGGGGAAGACUGA